AUGGAGAGGCCAAGCUCGUGGAGCGAUGAUUCAUGGAAGAGCACGCCUAUGAAUUCUAUCUCCUUCCUUUUCCUUGCCGCCGCAAUCUUGGUGCUCAUGUUCCUCGUCAUGGCCAUCUUCGAGCGCUUGGUUAAGCCGAGUCGAGCAGAGCCAAGAGGAGAGGAGUAUCGGCCGGAUUCAGCCAAGAAGGUCCUUAAUUCAGGAAAUGUGAGUUCAGCUUCCAGUGGCUUUGAGCUACUUGUCGUAAUGCCGGGCAGAAUGCGGCCGACUCAUCUAGCGAAACCGGCGCCGCCUCUUCUUCCUUGCACGAGAGAGGGGAUUCAUUGGCCUCCUCGCCACCAUGGUGAUCACGCGAGUCUUCUUGUCGAACAACCCUUCUAG